AUGAUUGCCGGAAAUGUGGCCAGGAAUAUCCUAAAAUACGGCUCCAUCUCUGCCGCCUCAUGCGUCGCCUUCUACGCUGUCUUCCUGGCGCUUAUCGCAACCCCUUUCCUCCAGACACAUAUUAUCUACCUACAUAAGAUUCAGAUGACCUGGUUUAAGGACCUCAAUACCCCAGAGCUCUGGGGUUUCCUUCAUAAUCAGAUUACUCCGUUCCCCAUCACAACUCCAGACGGUCACUCACUUUAUGCCUGGCACGUCCUCCCCUUAGAGUUAUACCGAAAGCACGAACAGGCCCUCUUGGCCGAGCCGUCAGGGUUUGUAUCGGAUUUUGACUCUCGUGUUGCUUUUAAACUACUACGCGAUGAUCCUGAAGCUCGCUUGAUAUUACACUUUCAUGGAGCUGCCGGCACCGUUGCUUCUGGGUAUAGGCCAGCCAACUACCGCGCCUUGUCCGUCGGCUCACCUGGAAAGAUCCAUGUCCUAACUAUUGAUUAUCGCGGAUUUGGUCGAAGCAGCAAUGUAACCCCCUCUGAGAGUGGUCUUAUUGUCGACGCUCUAGCUGUGGUCGACUGGGCCAUGAAUGUUGCCAGAAUCCCGCCUUCGCGCCUGAUGGUUUUUGGCCAAUCUAUUGGCACGGCAGUUAGUUUAGCUGUUAUACAACAUUUUGCCUUGCAAAAUCCACCGGUAUCAUUUGCAGGGGCGAUGUUAGUAGCGCCGUUCGUCAACUCGGCAAGUCUCGCAGCAACGUAUAGUAUUGCUAGUACUAUUCCCCUACUGUCACCAGUAGCCAGGUUUCCCAUACUUUUCAAACAGUUUAGCACUCUCAUACAUGACAAAUGGUUGAGUAGCAACCGUCUUGGUGAUUUCAUUGGCACAAGUGAGUUGAAUAAUGAAAAGUAUAGAGUGACAUUGAUCCACGCCGAAGAUGACUAUGAUAUACCAUUUCACCGUACCCAAUCCCUUUUUUGGAGCGCGGUAAAUGCUACGGUACCAGGUGGCAUAACGUACAAAGACUUAGACUUGAAAAAAGCCACAGAGAGGAUUGAUAAUACGGUAGCAGGGUCAGUGAUGGAGUGGCGCACGGAUAAUGGAGUGAUCAGAGAACAGAUUCUAAAAACUGGAUUACACGACGUAAUUAUGGGCUAUCCAGUCAUCUCUCUCGAAGCUAUGCGAAUCCUUACCGCCUCGGACCCUUCAUUUAGCUGA